AUGAACGAAAAUAUACAACCACCAAACUAUUUAAGAUUAGAAAUGAGUCCUGUGGAAAGUGUACCAGUUGCAAUAUUAAAUCAUAUUGAUGAUUACAUAGAAUUACUUUAUGAUGAUAUUCCCGAGAAAAUAAAAGGAUCAGCGCUCAUAUUGCAACUUGCAAGAAACCCAGACAACUUAAUUGAAUUGGCUAGAAAUGAAGCUCUAUUAAGUGCUCUUUCAAGAGUUUUAAGAGAAGAAUGGAAAAGAAGUAUUGAGCUUAGUACAAAUAUUGUAUACACAUUUUUCUGUUUUUCAACAUAUAUCGAGUUUCACUCUGUAAUUAUACAGUACAAAAUUGGUUCUCUUUGCAUGGAUGUCAUUGAUUAUGAACUGAAGCGUUAUGACCAGUGGAAAGAAAAAGUUGAAGGAAAAAAGCAAGUAUUGACACCUGAAAAAAAUGAGUUACCUAAAAGUCGCAUACCAGAGCCAAAAAGAAGGCCAAAGUCGGGGACAUGGGCCGUAGCUGAUGUUAAUAUACAAAAAACUCGCUCUAUUGUAUCCAGUUAUCAUGAGGAUUUGUGUAAUGCUUCAGACGAUGUGUUAUCUAAAAAUGAUGAGGAACAAAUGAAAAGAAAAUUAAAAACAUUGUCAAAACGGCAAGAACAGUUGUUGAGGGUCGCUUUCUAUAUGCUUUUAAAUAUAGCAGAUAAUAUCAAAGUUGAAGAAAAAAUGCACAAAAAAGACAUAGUUGGGUUAUUAAUUGGUGCCAUGGAAAGACACUCCAAUAUUGACCUUCUUAUACUAAUUGUAUCUUUUUUACAAAAACUGUCAAUUUUUGUUGAAAAUAAGAAUGCUAUGGCAUCUAAGGGAAUCAUUGAGAAACUAGCUCCUUUGCUAGAUUCGCCCAAUGCAGAUUUAGUAAAUGUUACAUUAAAAUUAUUAUUUAAUUUGACAUUUGACACUAAAUUACGAAAUAAAAUGGUCAAAUUAAAUCUUCUGCCAAAGUUUAUUAAGUUUACAAGUGAUGAUAAGCAUAUAAAUUUAGCAAUGAAAAUUCUUUACCACCUCAGCAUGGAUGAUCGUGUAAAAUUAAUGUUCACUCAAUCAGAUUGUGUAAAAUUGCUGACGGACCUGCUGCUGCUGACGGUGGGCGGCGCGGCGGGCGCGGAGGGCGCGGACGUGCUGCUGGCGCUGUGCGUGAACGUGGCGUGGUGCGCGCGCGCGGCGCAGCAAAUGGCGGCGGAAGGCCGCCUGCGCGAGCUGCUAGCGCGCGCCUUCCGCCUCAAGCACACCAUGCUCAUGAAGCUCGUGCGCAACCUCUCUGAGCAUUCCCAGAAUAUGCCGCUCUUUGUGGAAUUUGUGGGUGACAUAGCCGGCGCCGUCACUAGCGAGGAGGCACCGGAGGAGUUCGUCAUCGAGUGCAUGGGAACACUAAGCAACAUCCUGAACGUGAACAACAACAUCGAUAUAUACGCCGUAGCCGAAAGAUACAAUUUAAUACCUUGCUUGUUAAAAAUAUUGGACCCAGAGUCGGAGCGGUCGGCGGAGGUGGUGCUGGAGGCGGUGGUGCUGGCGGGCGCGCUGGGAGCGGAAGCGCGCGCGGCGGCGGCGCUGGCGGCGGCGGGCGGCGCGCUGGUGGCGGCGCUGCGCCGGCGCCAGGCCGACGACGACCACGUGCUGCAGACCGUCUACACCUUCCGCCAGCUGCUCGCGCACCCGCGCGCCGCCGCGCGCCUUGUCGCAGACACCGAAGCUCCAGCAUACCUCAUUGAUCUCAUGCAAGAUAAAAAUGUUGAAAUAAGAAAAAUGUGCGACUCGUGCCUUGAUAUCAUUUCUCAAAUGCAGAAUGAAUGGGCUGCACGUAUAAAGCUGGAGAGGUUCCGGUGCCACAACGGGCAGUGGCUGUCGGUGGUGGAGACGCUGGGCGCGGAGGGCGGCGCGGGCGACGCGGCCGACGACCUGCCGCCCUACCUGUCCGCCGAGUACCUCACCUCGCACCGACUCACUACCUCCGAUUCUCAAAUAUCUCUUAACGAUGAUUCAGACAGCUUCUCUGGUGAAGCUGACUUCAAUCGAGCCAAUAGCAGGAAUACUCAAGAUGGACAAAGCGAUGAAUUAUUGGGAUUGUCAGACUCAUUAGAAAAGACUUUAGAUGACGACGCACAAUUUUCGAAAAAUAUGAAAAUUUUUGCU